CGAAACAGAAGACGAAACAGAAGAAGAAACAGAAGAAGAAACAGAAGAAACAGAAGAAGAAACAGAAGAAGAAACAGAAGACGGAGGUGCAGAUGGAGGUGCAGACGGAGGUGAAGAUGGAGGUGAAGAUGGAGGUGCAGAUGCGGAGGUGGAGGUGGAGGUGGAGCGUUGUGACUCUGUUGACCUUCAUGUUUCUUCUGGACUCAGGUGGAGCCUCUCACUCUGUCGUCUCUAAAUUUGAUGGUGAAGCUCAGCUCCCGUGUUCUGGUAUGAAGAACUUCAACUGUUGUGACAUUUCCUGGAGGUUUCAGGGUCUGAAGGCCUCAGCCCCGGUGAACAUGUCUCUGAGCAAGAAGAAAAACGUCAUCCCCAGGUUCAGCUUGAUGAAGAACUGUGGCCUACAGUUUUAUGCUGUGAUGGACAAAGACGUGGGCUGGUAUUUCUGUCACGGCCCUGGACCAGACUCAAAGCUCCUGCACAAAGUCUCUCUGAGUCUGGUCAAAGCUCAGCAGGUUGGUGGUGCUGGGACCUGGAGCUGCUUCCUGUCGUCUCCAGAGCUCCACAGGUUUUCUGUCACGUCUGAAAUGAUGCGCGACUACAAAAAAAACCAGUGGAUUAAGAAUCUUGGACAGAGAAAACUGAAGUGCACAGUCGUGGAUCUGCACACGAAGAAGAAGAAGGAGCUCCACCUCCAACUGCCCGACAGUUUUGGUUUCAAGUAUUUUCUGUGCGGCGUCGUACAAACCUGCAACAAAACACAGAAUAACUCAACUUCCUCCAAAACCUCUGCGAGCCUCAAAACUUCAAACACAACACGACCUGAGGCCCGACCUGAGGCCCGAACCAGACCACUCAUCAGGGUCAAAGUGUUGUCGGGUUUGAUCGCAGGUCUGGGAGUCGCGCUCGUGUCUCUUCUGUUCGUCAUAAUCCUCUUGUGCAAAUGUAAAGCAAAUCAAACUCAGAGGGACAAAAGGAAUGAGGAGGAGCUUCACUACACCACCGUCAUGUUCCAGACCGGACCGGACCAGACCGGAGCGACCCGGAGCGACCCGGUCACGGACGAGGACUUUUACUCCACCGUGAUCUACAGCGACGUGACCUGCUCCACCUCCACCUGUGCCCCACCUGCCCCACCUGCCUCACCUGCCCCACCUGCCCCUGAUCCCACAGCCCUGUACGCCACCGUCAACAAACCAAGACCCAACCAGAACCAGGACUGAACCAGGACUAAACCAAGGCCCAAACAGGACUAAACCAGGACUAAACCAGGACUAAACCAGGACUGAACCAGGACUAAACCAGGACUAAACCAGGACUAAACCAGGACUAAACCAGUUAAUUUUCCAUUUAUUUUUUCCAUAGAUUUUUCCAAGAUUAAGAGACAGUUACUUUAAAUUAAAAAAAUAAAUAUAUAAAAUAAUAAUAAUAAUAAUAAUAAUAAUAAAAAAUGUUGGGCAGUUUAUAAAUUAUUUGAAACAUAUUUUAAAUAAAAUAUUAGUUAUGUUAGUUUUUCUCGCAGAUCCAUGUUUUAUUUUCUUCAGUGUUGUAGUAUGAGAGUUUGUCCAGCAGAGGGCGCUGCAGAUUAACACAACAGGUUUUUCAGCUCCAUUUAAACGUGCAGCGCGUCACAAACGCAACAAAAACAAAAGAAAACGACAAAUAUUUGAUGAAACUCGGAACAAAACAGAAAAGAGACGCUGGAUUCAACAAUGCGUCGCCGUCUGAGUUUUGUUCCAUGAUUAUUAAUUCAUCUUUUGACUCUUUAUCUCGGGUUUGGUUGUGAAAACAUCAGUGUAAACAGAGAAACUCAAGACUUCCCUCUCCCCAGACACCUCCUCCUUAGCCAACUCCUGCUGCGCUGAUUCAGCUUUAGAACUCACCCCCGUUUACUCUAUUUUUGUUCUUUUCUUUACAACUUUUCCUCAAUCUGUCACUCGAAAUUAUAAUAAAUAUUCACGACUGGAGCUGACCCGCUAAAAAAACACAAAAUAAUCAUUAAACAAACAUGAAAACCUGUCUGAGGCACUUUUAAACUCAACCUGGAACUUCCCUUUUUAGUCUUGACCAGUGAGCAGCUCAGUGUAAAUGACCCUGUAAAAAAAAAUAUAUAUAUAAAUAUGAACAGAGUGAGCAGAAUUUCAAAAUAAAAAACUGGGAUUUCCUCAGUUUGUGUUUGUUUUUAAUAAUAAAAUUGUGAAUUGAGUGAGAAAUUAAGGAAAACUGUUCAACUUCGGCCCAUUCAUGACAAACGUGAAUCAAUAAAGUCAUAUUUUCUUUGUGUUUUGGUCGUUUUUAAGCAGCUUUUCUGUAUUUUACCCAAACAAAUGUCAGUUUUUGUCUCUCUUUACUGUUUCAGGAUUAGAAAAUGGUCUAAAAUAGAGACACUGGGGACAUUUCUUGUAUAAAACUGGGACAAAUUUGUGUUUUUUGUAUAAAUCUGCUGGGACAGGGGACACAGGCUCAAAACAGGGACGUCUGGUCACCUUAAAUGUGGAUAUAAUCGCUUUGUGUUGCAUUAUUUGUAUGAAAAUCGCUGUGUAAAUAAAGUUUGACUGAUUAAUUAAUUGA